AUGAGUAAAGAAGUAUUAUUAUCUUUAUUGCAAAAUGCAACUACUCAUUUAAAUGGUGAAAUAAUGGAAAUAACAGAAGAUAUUAAUUACAUGGAAAACGAAUUGAAGAUAACUAAGAAUAAAAGAAUAUGUGAUGUUUUGAAAAGGAAAUAUAAUGAAAGAAAGAAAAAAAAAUAUGAAGAAUUAAAUGAAAUUUUUUCACAAUAUAUAAAAUUUUUAUUAGACAAAAGAAAAGAUUGCAUUGAAGAUUCAUCUCCACAAAAAUUAGAAGGAGAAUUAAAAAUAAAAAAAAAUCUAACGGAAAACAUAAAUAAAACAAACAUAUGCAAUGAAGAAGAAAAUGAAACAAUUCUAAGAGACAUGUAUCAAAAAAGAGAUAUAUUAAAAAAUAUUUUUCAUUUAAUUAAAUCAAAUAAUAUGGAAAAUUUAAAUUAUGAAAAUUCACAAAGAUUAUUAUCUGAUUUAAUAUUAAAAUUAAAAUUUAUGGAUAAAUUUACUGAGAAUAACUGUGACGAAAUAACAAGCAAAGAUAAAAGUAAAUCAAAAACAAGUAUAAUAAAAAAUGAUAAAAGAAUAAACAAUAUAGAUAAACGAAUUUUAAAUUAUUUAAAUGGUAAUUAUGAUUUAUCCUCAGAGAUAAAUGAACAUUCUACUGCACCUUCAGCAUCAUCACUUGUAUGUGUAAGCAGUGAAAAAACAAGUGAUAAUGAAGAAAAUAAUAGAUCAAUAAAUUUAAAGGAAAAAGACCUUUCUAAAAAGGUAAAGAACAUAUUAUUAGAGAAUAAGAAAAAAGAAAAAAAAAAUCAUGCUUAUUUUAAUAAUAAAAUUCCAUUUGAAAAUGCUAAAACAUUAGAAAAAAGAAAUUCGUUUUAUUCAAAACAUCAAACUAAACAUGAAUCACUCAAUAAAUUUUUAUUAAACGAUAAAUUAAAAAAAAAUUAUUCUGGUAAAUUAUUAAAUAAGUUUAAUUUAACUAAAAAAAGCUUUAGCAAUACAGAAACAAAAUUAAAAGUAUCAUUUUUAAAAACUAAAGAAUUAAAUAAAGAUAAUUUAUUUCUUAUAAUGAAAAAUCAACAAAUAAAUAAUAGUUCUGAAUUAAAAGGUAAAAUCAGCAUAAAACCAAAUAAUUUUUUGAAAACUUGUAUGACUAGUCAAAGUAGCACCUUUAACAAUAAUUCUAAGGCAUCAUUUAAAUAUCUUUCAUCUUUAAAUGGAAGUAAUAAAAAUAUUCAUAAUAAAGAAAUUAAUCAGAAAAAAGAUGAAAAGGACAGAAAAAAUCACUCAAAUUCUUCUAGUUCUUUUUCAUCUUCCUCUAAUUUUGAAUAUAAAAAAUCUAGAUCUGACUCUAAUAGUUCUUAUGGAAGAAAAAAAUAUACAUUUAAAAUUAAUAAAAAUGGAAAAGGAGUUUUUUCAGUUAAUAAAGAAGAUAAAUUAUCAAAAAACAUAUAUGAAUUUGAAAUAUUAUAUGAUUCUGAUUUUGAUGAAUCAGCUAGUCUCAAUAGUACAAAAGAUAAACAUAAAAAAAUUUUGCAUUUUUCAUUUUUGGAGAGUGGGAAAAAAAUAUAUGCAAUCAAAAAUUUGUAUAUGACAGAUGAUGAAGAAAUUAAAAAUCUCCAUUUUUAUAAUUAUAAUUGCUCUAGUAUAGAAAAUGAAUAUAGAAAUAAUAAUAGCAAAGAAAGUUCUAAUAAGGGAAAAAAAGAUAUGGAUGUUUUAGAAGAUACAAUAAAAAAUUUAAAAGAUGAGAAUAUUAGAAGAAAAUAUGAACUUACUAAAAUUAUAGAUGAUAUAAAAUAUAAAAAUGUGAAUAUAAAUGAGGAAGGAUCUUAUAAUGUUGAAUUCGUAGAAACUAAUAGAUUAAGAGGAUUAUAUCUCCAAAUGCUUGAAAAACAAAGUGAAUUAGAGAGAGAUAAGAAUUUUUAUAAAAAUGAAUUAGAAAAAUUGCAAAAAGAUAUAAAAAAUAGUACAUUGCCUAUUUCUGAGUUCUUUAAAGAAGAAAAGAAAAUUCUUUUAGAAAGAGAAAAAGAAUUCUAUAGAAAAGAAAAAAAUUAUUUAAAGAAAAAAAAUGAAUUAAAAAAGACUAUCCUUGAGCUUCAAAAUGAGUUAGAUUUAACUCAAAAAAGAUUGAUUAAGGAAAAAGAAUUAAACGAAAGUUUGAACAAUAUAAUAAAAGAGCAUAACAGUAUUUUAGAUAAAAAUAAAACUGAACAAAAAAACUUAGAUAAAAUAAAUGAAAAUAAAAUAAAAAUGUUAAAUGAUGAGUGUGAGAAGUUAAAGGAAGUUAUUGUACAGGAAAAACAAGAUAAAGAGAAGUUAACUGAAGAAAUUAAUAUUCAUUUAGGUGAAAUUGAAAAAAUGAAUGAACAAAUAAAUCUAUUAAAGAAUGAUAAUACUUUUAGUAAUUUUAGAAAAAUAGUUUUAGAAAAAGUUAAUAAAACAGACGGUGAUAUAAAAUAUUUAGCACAAAUGCUUGAAUUACUUACAAAAGAAUUAGAAAAUAAAACAAUUAAAGAAAAUAUUAUUAAUAAAAAAAUAGUAAAAAUGGAACAGAAUUGUUUAAAAAAUAAAAAAUUAUUGAAUAUAUCAAAAAGAAGACUAAAAAAUAAAAAAAAUAAAAUGAAUAAUAUGAAUGAAGAAAUUUCCUAUUUAGUUAAGAAAAAUAGAAACUUAAUAAAAACCAUAAAACAUUUGAAAUUACAAAAUUUAGGUUUAACGAAUAUAAAAAAAAAAGGUAAAGAAGAUUUUAUUGUUAUAGAUGAAAAAAAAAAAAAAAAAAAUGAUACUAUAAUUCAUGAUCAAACAUAUAAUAACAUUAUUAAAAGCAGUGAUACUAAUGGAACAAAUAUUGCAUCAUAUAUGUAUAAAAAUAGAAAAGAACAAUUAAAUAAUAAUCAGAGUUUCACAAGUUUUUCUGAUGGAAGUUCCUUACUUUUGUGUACUGCAAAUACAAAAAGAGGAUAUUCUUUUGAAGAAUUAAUGAAUAGUAUAGAUAAACCAUAA